UUGGGAAAGUUUUAUAAAUGAGGUGAUCUGUCACAGCUUGUCCACUAUACCUUCCCAAAGUCAGUGCUUUGACAUUCUCCAGACUGGCAUCUGUAAAUACCUGGUUGGAUUGGUUGUAAUACCUGAUAGCACAGCUGGAUCUGUUCUGUGUGCCAUAAAUAAGCUCUUGGAUCAAGCUUGCAUCUUGAGUGAAAAUCUGCACAAGUUCUUAGCCUCCUGUUGUUACAGCCUCCUGUACUUCCUGCUAACUCUGGACAAAGAGGAUGCAGAACAUGUACAGAAAAGGGAUAUGCUGUGGGGAUCGUGCAUUUCUGCAUUAGCACUCCUGCCGCGGCUGCUGAGACUGAUGCUGCAAAGUCUGCAAGUGAGCAGGAUCUGCCGGGAGGAGCUGCCCGUUGUUGCUCAGCUGCUUCGCUUACUGAUGCAACACGGUCAGCUCAGGAGCCAUAUGAUGACCAAUGAAUUCCUGGUGCAGCAGAUUAUCAAGGACAUCAUGACCCUGAAGAGCGGUGAAGUCCAAGAGCAGUGGCUGACGGACCUCCAUUACUGCUUCAACAUCUACCUGGCCUCUCACCCCCAGGGACCCAGCCCUAUGAACGCAGUGUACUAAAGAGGUGGAACUGCAUUUAUUGUAAAGCAUUUACUUCUAUUUAGUUUUGAACGGGAGAUGUUGGAACAAAGCUUGUCCAUUUUUUUGUAAGUGAAACAGAAUAAAAAUUUUACAAAGA